AUGCUCUCUCCGCAUUUUAAAGUAAGAUUGACACUAGAUGUUAAACGUGGAGGAGGCUCCAACAGUCAAUUUUAUCUCCUUGACAUAGGAAGCUGUUGGAAGAACAAUGGAAAACCAUGUGAUGGUAAUGUUCUGACAGAUGUGACUAGAUACAGUGAAAUGAUAAUAAAUCCAGAAACUACAAGCUGGUGUCGGCCGGAUAACCUUGUUUCCUGCCCUCCUUACCAUGUUACUCGUACUGGUGAUAUAAUAUAUCGAAACGAAACAUCUCGGUUUCCAUAUUCUGCUUAUCAUCUCUACUGUACACCUGGAAAUGCUGAAUUUCUGGAGAAACCAUAUGACAUAUGUGACCCAUAUAGCAAUCCACAAGCACAAGAACUGGUACAAAUUCUUCCACAUCCUGAAUGGGCUGUACAUGGCUAUCCUGCUAAACAAGGAGAUGGAUGGGUUGGAGACCCCAGGACAUGGGAGCUUGAUGUGGGGGCCCUCUCUAGCCGGUUGUAUUUCUACCUGGACCCAGGAACAAAACCAGCACGGAGGGUAUGGUCUUCGAUUAAUGUUGGUACAGAAAUAUAUGUCAGUAGCCCAGGAGAGACUGCGGAAUGGACUGUAAGUGAUUUUGAUGUACUCGUUCCUGAAGGUGUUGAAGAUGGUUCUAGCUCUUAUUGA